AUGACAUUGACCCAGGCGAAAGUCUCCUUGAAAGCAGGCAGAUAUUCCCUUCGUCAAAACAGCACAAAGAAUGAGCAAAGCGACGAAGAAAGCGACGAAGAAAGCGACGAAGAAAGCGACGAAGGCCAAGUCGAGGAUUUUGAAGACGUGGUUGAAGAUAUCAAGACCUACACAGGGGGAUUAUUGGAUUUGACUCUCAAAGAGCUCCCCGCAAUGUGGCUUGACAGCGCCGAAAGCUCAAGACCAGCUUUUGCCAGUCCCUCCUUCGGCCAAUAA